ACGAAAGCAAUAAAUGAAAACACGCUCCCUCCAAAACAAAACUACAGUUUUCACAAGGCAGAAAGUCCAUCCUCCUCUUCUUCUCUGAUAUUUUUUAUCUCUCUGUUUCUGAAAGGAUAUGCCACAAGUGGAUCUUGAAACCCUAGUCUCAGCCUGUGCCGGAGGCGGUGGUGGCGAUAAUAAGAUCGCCUGUGAAACCUUAGCCACCGACAAAGACUAUAACAACCGACGCGAUAAUCAACAACCCGAUCAGUCCGAAAUUCCGGCCGAUUUCCCGCCCGAAUCUUUUUGCCUUUCCAAAGAUGCCGAGUUUGACUGGUUUGAUCGAAACGUAUUCUAUGAACGUAAGGAAUCUCAGAAAGGUAAUUCAAACUCAACCAAUCUUAACCCCAAUCCCAGUUCAACUUCACAGAGAUUCGCCACUACUUUGAAGGCCAAACCCUCCAUUUUCGGUCUGCCGAAGCUGCAAAAAUUGUUUGUUGAUACUAGAAGUAAGCGGAAUUGCAAACCGGCGAACACCCGGUGGUUCCCGAAACGCUCCGCUUCGACUCUCAAAUCGGAUGCAACACUCGCUGAGCCGUCGUCUCCCAAGGUUUCUUGCAUGGGAAGAGUGAGAUCCAAUAAGGAUCGUCGUACAUUGAAGAACCGCCAACGCUCUGCCUCGGAAUCGGGAACGGGAACUGUAAAAACCAAAUCGGGAAAAGGAGGAAAAACCGGGUUUCUCUCCAAAUUUCGGUCAAUAUUCGGAUCCGGUUUAAAGAAAGGAACAAAGAGUGAAACUAAAGCUGAUACAUUGAGAGUGUCGCCAUCAAGAAAUGGCGGGAAAGUGAUGAGUCAUGAUAUAAGGGAGCGUCUACCGCCGGGUGACAUUGAGACGCCGCCGAGGAACAGUGAAGCGCGUAAGAGCGUGGAUGGCGAACCGGUAGGUUUAGGUGGAAUGAAGCGGUUCACGUCUGGUAGGAGAUCUGAUGCUUGGUUGGAUGACGUGGUAUGAUGUGGAGCGUUGGAUUCGUAUUUGGUGUAGAUAGGGCAGGUGAAUGAGUGGGACCCGAAGAGUUUCCGGUCGUGAUGGGUUGUCAGCUGGGGCCUGCUUGAAUUUUGAAAUGGAACCUGGAAUGGAUUAACGAAUAACGGUUUCCCCAGCCCGGUUAAAAAGGUAAAUCAAUUUUUACCUUUUUCUUUUCUUUUUUUUUUUUCCCCCCUUUUUGUUUCGAAAUUAUUAAGUGCUUGUAAAUACAAUAUAGUGUUUUUUUUUUGGUUUUAUGGAAUUAUUUGUAAAUUGGAUUGUAAUAAAAUCUUGGGAGGAUAUGAAUGUGUAAAUAUAGUUUGUUGA